AUGUCAGGUCCAAGGCCCGUGGUGCUGAGCGGCCCCUCCGGCGCAGGGAAGAGCACUCUGAUGAAGAGGCUGAUGAAGGAUCACGAAGGCGUGUUUGGAUUCAGCGUGUCACACACGACACGAAACCCUCGACCAGGAGAGGAAGAUGGCAAAGACUACCACUUCACAACGAGAGAGGCCAUGGAGGAGGGAAUCACCAAUGGCGACUUCAUUGAGAAUGCAGAGUUUUCUGGCAACAUGUACGGAACAAGUACAGCGGCAGUAGAAGAUGUGCUGGCCAGGAACCUAAUCUGCAUCCUUGAUGUGGACAUCCAGGGAGUGAAGAGGAUUAAACAGACUGACCUUAACCCCAUCUACAUCUCCAUCCAGCCUCCUUCCAUGGAGAUCCUAGAAGAACGUCUGCGGGACCGGCAGACAGAAACAGAGGAGAGUUUACAGAAACGUCUGGAGGCAGCGCGCAUCGACAUGGAGCUCAGUAAGGAGCCAGGAGUGUUUGAUGUUGUUAUUAUCAAUGAUGACUUAGAGAGGGCCUACAAGGAGCUGAAAGAUACCCUCAAUGAGGAAAUCCAAAAGGUCCAGGAGGCCAAAUAA